UCGCUUGAUGCCACACUCGCAUCAGCAGGUGCCCUGCUGAAACCGUCACGGUGCUUUUGGUCGCCUCUAGGCUUGAUCAUUCCAUCCCAGUCUUGGCCGGCCACCACAAACACUCUACACACGUUGGUGGCUGUGAUUCCGAUGUUCUUUCGCCUGUUCGUUAACUCACACCAACAACGCAAUUACGGAGUCGGUCAGCCUGAGGCUCAGGGACUUCCGGUGACGUCACCCCCGGGCCGGCGUCACGGACAGAGCAAACUGUGGUCGAGAACGUUUAACGUCGGGACGGCAGAAAGAAAUCAAACUCCCCAAACACACCGAUUCCAGAAUAAGAUGAUGGCUUUUGGUUCUUCUGGCCAGAACUUGGUUCCAAUUUCUGAUCUUCAUCCGAACUCAGCACGACCUUGUGUGGCUGGAAUAGUGAUUGGUAAAAUUGAUGCGAAAGGAUUUCCAGACCGAAAAAACAUUGGAACAGAAAGAUACACUUUUACUUUCACAAUUCGAGAUUGUCCGGUUUACUUCAUCAAUGUAGUUUCAUGGGGAAGAGAAGAAUAUGUAAGAGGGCUGUCUAACAGUUUCCAAAUUGGGGACUGCGUUGUAAUUGAAAAUCCUCUAGUCCAAGCCAAGGAUGUGGAAAAGGAGGAAAGAUUCAGUCCAUCUACUUCAAGUAGCUACAAACUUCUAGUCAGUGAGAACUUUUCAACAGUGAGAUUGUGCCACGAUCUGGAGCUUGAAUCCAGGCUUCUCUCCCUGUUGCAUUUGCCUGUGAAAGAUCCUCAGGAUUAUUAUUCACUUGGAGAUAUUGUUCAUAAUGGUCAAAGCCUGAAUGGAAACAUUAUCAAUAUACUGGCAUCAGUCAGAUCGGUAGGGGAGCAGAAGUAUUUCACUACUGCAGACAGAAGAAAAGGACAGCGAUGCGAAGUAAAACUGUUUGAUGAAACUGUGCCUUCAUUCCUUAUGAGCUGCUGGGAUAAUGAGUCUAUACAGCUUGCACAGACAUGGAUACCCAGGGAAACAGUACUGUUCAUAGCUGAUGUACGAGUAAAUUAUGAUAGUUUUCGCAACACCAUGGCUGCCACUGUGAUUUCUAAAACCAUAAUUACAACAAAUCCCGACACAAAAGAAGCCAACCUGCUGUUUAACUUUGCCAAAGAGUAUGCAGAAAAUGAUGAAGUAGAUCCAGAACAAAGCAAUGAAUCAAUUAACUUACAAUCUAUUGUGGAUGUCUUCACUGUACAGCAAUUAAAAAAUAAACUAAUGGACAGUGUUGGCAAGGCAGAACCUAUCUAUGGAAUCAUAUAUGCUUAUAUUAGCAUGUUUAACAUCGAUUCUGACAAUUCAAAGAUAAUAAAAUCUAAAUGUGGCAGGUGCAGAUUUUUGAUUGAUGUUGGUUCGAAUGUAUGCACAAAUCCUUCCUGUUCAUCUGGCACACUGAGUCCCUCAAGUAUAAUCACCAAUUUUGAUUUCUGGGUGGAUGUAUCUGAUCAUACUGGUACUCUUCAAUCGUGUAACUUAUCAGGAAGCAUAGCUGAAAAAACUCUUGGCUACACAACCCAUGAGUUUUGCAGUUUAACAGAAGAGCAGAGGACAUCAUUAAAAUGGAAAUUCCUUUUGGAGAGAUGCAAGAUUUAUCUAAAGUUACUUGCAUCAGGCAGCGCAAGAAAUGGUGUGAGAACGAGCCUACUUUCCUGCAAAGUAGCUGAUCCUGAAGAGGCCAAUCAGAUGUUGUCCACGUUAGCAAUUUUCUGACACAGCUGCUAAUUAUAUUGAUGAUUCCCUUGGAGCUCAAAUAAUUAUGCAGAAGUUCUAUUGCCAGUUUAUUUGGACUAAUUAGUCUUUAGAUAAUUUUUUCCUUUAUUUUGUUGUUGCAAAGACUCAUGAAACAUCAGAAUAUCAAACAAAAAAUGUUUCUGUCCAAUCAGUUUACUGUAAAUGUAUAACAAGAAAACAGUGUGACCAAGGUGAAAAAUAUUUUACUUACAGAUGUUGGAACUUGCUGCCAUUCUUUCUAAGUUCACAUAUUGCAUCAGACCUCAAUAGUUUCCUUACAGUAGCCAGACUUUGAUCAAUCUGUUAUCUUUUUUAAAAUACUACAGCCUGUGAAUUAUUUUCAUGGACUUUAGAACAUUUGCAAAUCUUCUAGUUGAACCUUAUCAAUGUAUCCUCCUUUUCUGUGCUCUCUAUAAUUAACAAACGUAUUCUUUAUAACAAAAAAGAAAAAAUUAAGAUGAAAAAUGCAUAAGCGAGAAACAUAAGAGUGUGUCACUCUUGUGUGUCAUCCCCAUUAUUGCUGGCAUAAAGAUUUGAACAUCCAAACACUAGGCAGUUAAAUUUUCAGCUUAACUCUGUUUUCUCUUCACAGAAACUGCCAGACCUGCUGAGUUUCACCAGCAAUUUCUGUUUUAGUUUCAGAUUUCCAGCUUCCACAUUUCUGUGUUUAAUGUCAGUUAACUUAUUUAGUGAUGUCACAAUAACUACUUGUCACCUUAAAGAACUUUGGAAUUUGUCAGUUUAUAUUUUAACUGAUAAAACAGUCAAUGAUUUCUGAUAUUAGGUAAGUAAAACAUCUCUAUUGUAAAAUCUUCUAGCUCUUUAUUUUAACGAGAUAGCCCCUUUUUGGACAGUUUAGCAGCAUAGCUUUCUUUGAUCUAGUCUUUUGUCACUGAAAAACAUGUUUUGAUAAUAUUGGUAGACUUUACUACUUGACAGUUGGUUGUUCUCAACACUGCUGUGUUUUAUUACCAGGUUAACACUUUUUUAUCACCUUGAAAUGGUCUUGAAUGUGUUGUAAUAUUACAAUCUAAAUGUAACUUCAAAGUUAACUUGGGCAUUUGAUAUCUAAGGCAUUAAAUACAACACGUGUACAACAGCCAAUAAAAAUUAGAUUUUUGUGGAGUUUCACAGGUUUCCACCUACAUCACUGAUACUGAAAUAGAACUCUCCAGGGAAUAAUAUAUACCUUUGUCUCUGAGUAGAAUGUAGCUUGAGUCCAACCCCUCUGAAUUUGUGCUUACUAUGUAAUCUCCAUUGAGAGUCACAUAUCCUUAUAAUAAAACUAGAAAGUUUUAAAGAAAUUCAGCAUCUGUGGAGAGAGAAACAGAGUUAACAUUUUGAGUCCAAUGAUGCUGUUUCAGCAUUUUACAUUUUUAUUUCAGAUCUCUAGC